AAGAAAAGCAGUCCACUACCGGCAUGGGGCCUAAGAAAGUUUACAAACAGAGCUAUUGCGGCGCAGUAAGUGCGCUCCUACAGUCAACAAAUAUCACACCCACUUCUGAUUCCUUACAAGUGCAGCCUAACAAGACUGGCACAGAUCUUUGGAAUUGGGUACAGCCGUCAAUGGGUGCUGGAGGUCAUAUACUAGGACUCAGUACCCCUUCAUUUUCAGAUCGAUCGGAAUCGGACGUGGUCACCAAAGCGGUCGCUUUGCGCCAAGGUUCCGAGGUUUUAGCUGGCUUGAACAAUGGUGAAGAAUACCAAGGCAAUACCCCCAACCACGCACUGGGCGUAUUGUUAGUCUUGGCCGAAAAUGCAAGGGAGAGCAGAGCGGCGAAUGAGGUCAUGCAAGGAAUGCCUAAUAUGUGGGUACAUGCACGGCGUCCUCCCGUAUACUAUGAAGUGGAGGCAAUGGCAGCCUACGAGACCAAGGUGCUGGCAAAAGAUGCCGUACGUGCCACGGCAGGUGCUAUACUGAAAGCUAUGGAUUGCACCGAACCAGUCGGUAUCGUUGGCAGGCGAUGGGUGAAAGAUAAGAUUGAUGAGCUGGGUCUCCCAAGUGCAACUAAUAAAGCAUGUCGGUUCAUUGGUAGGUUGGUCACGAGAAUGUGGUCACGCUUUCAGCGACAGCACCGGAUUCUCACGCUCGUUCAGGAAAUCAGAGCCCCUCUGCGUACGAAGCGGAAGAUGUCAGUCGAGGAGUUUGUGAUGCGUUGCUGGUCUAUGCGGGCGAGUUCAAUUUCAUGCAAGUUACCUAAAACACCACCGGAAAGUGUGAGAAGGCUACUCGCGCAAACCCAGGAACGGAAUUUCGAGUGUGUAGAGACUAUGACUGCUGACUUAUUGGGUGCGAUUAGAAACAGAAUAGGGUCAUACAAAGAAUGGUGUGCGCUAACUAACAAGGACUGUCCAAAGCAGUGGAGCGACAAUUUGUCGAGUUUGGCCAGAGCUAUUAAUCCCUCUAUCAAAUUAUACAACUCUAUGUGUUAUGAAGAGGCAUGGUUGGCACGAGCCUCAGCAUAUGUACCAAAGGAUCUUGCCCCAGAGAUGUACUCCUUCGAUGAUUUUCAUAAACUUGAAAGCACAUCGUACUUCUUUUUCAACCAGGGUAUGUACUAUUGUUACAGUCCGGCUUGGAGGGAGGAUGCGUACAAAGCUGUUGUGGAUGGUCGAUACAAGACGAAAUUAGUAUCGAGGGACGAGGCCAUAGCCGCUGGUAAUGGACAAAUGCCCACAGCAAAGGCGGAUGUUCUGAGGCACAUCACGUAUCUGCAAGAGUACUACUUCAAGGGUGGAUUCAUGACGGUUAAUAGUCACGUACUCAGAAUAUGCGAAAACUAAGUUAGAAGUUGUCAGUCGAACAGCAUUUCCAAAUCAAAGGCCAUUCUCUCUGACACGAAAAUUGACAUUUACCAUGACCCCCUCUGGAGGGAGGGAUGAAAAUGAAAAUCCCAGAGGGGAUCGAUGUUUCAUGCAUUUGCCCCAAAUUGCCUUUGACCGCAACACUAUUCAGAAGGCCGUGAAUUUUCAUAGAAAUAUCAGUCAAAUAUAUAAGAUAGCCUUCUAUUUAGUAUUCUAUUUAGUAUUUAAGCACUGAUCAGACAUCGAGGGCUAAAUGUGUAUUUACACGCCUAUGUACAGCCUACAUACAGCUUACAUAUAACUAGUUAUGACAUACAUAUUUGUGUUAUGAUUAUAUAAUUUUCAAAAACAACAUUAAAAAAAAC